CUCAAAAUGAUGUCAAAACUAUUUCUCUUCGUGGUUUUUAUUAAUUGUGGUCAUUGUGCCAAUAUUUUGGGGCUGUAUUUUCACGCGGGAAAAAGCCACCACAUUCUGGGCGAAAUGCUUUUGAAAGAAUUGGCCACAAGGGGGCACAAUGUCACAAUGGCCAGCCCUUUCCCACUCAAGGAACCCUUCCCUAACUACACUGACAUUCACCUGACCGGAAUUUUGGAAGACCAAUUAGCCCGGGAAAGUAUGUUUAUGAAAAUGAACAAAGGGCACGCUUUAGUGGGUGUAAACGACGUUCUUGAGUUGACAAGGGCCCAAACUGAGCUCACUCUCAACCAUACCGAAAUGGGCAAAUUGUUAAAAUCUGGGACGAAAUUCGACGUUAUUAUAAUUGAUUGGUUCAUGAACGGUGCAAUUCUGUUAUAUGGGACGCUGUUCAACGCGCCUAUUAUUCCCAUAGCCUCGCAUGGUACCACCCAUUUGGCCAACUCCAUCGUGGGGAACCCAUCACCGCCAUCUUACAUCCCCAACACCAUGUUACCAUUCCCGUCCAACAUGACGUUUUUCCAGCGAAUGGUCAAUGGACUCGUCACGAUCGCUUACAACGUGAUGGGUCAUAGUAAUGCGCAGUACCAUCAAGCCUUAUUGGAGAAAUAUUUCAAAAAUGUGCCAAGUCUCGAUGAAUUGAAAAAUAACGUAGCUUUAGUUCUGUCAAAUGGGCAUUAUAGUUUCGAGUCGGCGAGGCCUUUUGUGCCUAAUAUAAUCCCAGUUGGCGGGUUUCACGUCCAAAAAGCACAAAAAUUGCCCCAAGACCUCCAAGAGUACAUGGAUGAGGCCAAACAUGGAGUUGUUUAUUUCAGUUUAGGGUCAAACAUGAAAAGUGUUCUACUCCCCAAAGAAAAACAACAAGAAAUUCUUAAAGCUUUUGCGAAAAUCCCACACAAAGUAUUGUGGAAAUGGGAGGAUGACAAGUUGGAAAACAAACCCGACAAUGUCAUGAUUCGAAAAUGGUUCCCCCAAAAUGACAUUCUAGGGCACCCAAAUUUAAAAUUGUUCAUCACCCAUGGUGGUCUUUUGAGCACGAUUGAGGCGUUACACCAUGGAGUUCCAGUUCUCGGGAUACCAAUUUUUGGUGACCAGAAAGCAAAUAUCCCCAAUGCCGUUUCCUCCGGUUAUGCAAUUCAAUUAGAGUUGGCCGAUUUGGACGAAACCACUUUAGGCAAAGCAUUGGAUGAGAUUUUAAACAAUGGGAAAUACCACGAAAAUGCGAAAAAACGCUCACAACUCCUCCAUGAUCGACCCAUGUCGCCCAUGGACACGGCCGUUUUCUGGGUGGAGCACGUGAUUCGCCACAAGGGAGCCCCACAUUUACGCAAUUUGGGCAAUUAUCUCCCAUGGUACCAGUAUUUGAUGCUAGAUGUGGCGCUAUUUUUGGUGACAAUUGUCACAAUUGUUGGGUUUGUAUUUACGAAAAUUUGUUGUUUUAUUUGUCGUAAGAAAAAAGAGAAAAAGGAGUAAAUAAAAAUUGAUACGAG